AUGACUGGCUCGGCACCGGAAACAUCAUUAUCACCUGCUGCGCGUGAGAGAUUGGGAUCAGCAGAUGUGGUUGUUGUCGAAACAAACACGCAUGCAAUUCCACACUUUAAUGGGCACCCUUAUAAUGACGACCCCUUGCUAUUUAUGGAAGCGUUUCAAGAUGCAGCAGAUGAAAACAAUUGGACAAGCGAAGAGAGAAAGUUGGCACGUGUUCGUCUAGCAUUGAAAGGUGCAGCUAAGGAUUGGUAUCGCAGGGAGAUACAGCUGAAUCCACCAUCGACAUUCGAGCUUGGAUCAGACUCCUUUAUCGCACGUUUCAAGAAAGCCUAUGUGACGGCUAGAUGGGUGGCACAUUACAGCAUGUCGUAUCACAGCAUGAGACAGCAACCAAAUCAAUCCGCACCUGAUUAUGUAAACGCUAAACUGGCUAUGGCUCACAAGUACGAAACAGCAUUGAACACCACGUUGCCGGAUGAGAAGAAGAUUUGUGACAUCUUGCAAGGAUUGCGCGAGAGCUAUAUGCGUUGGAUCUCGAAUGAUGCCAUGCCCACUACAUUAUCAGGAUUAAUGGAUGUGAUCUCUCAAUUGGAAACGCAGAUCAGUGUGAUCAGGGAAGAAGCACAAUUGACAGCAGGCCCUAUUGUCAAUCAGCAACCACAUCCUUUUGUGCAACAACAAGGAUUAUUGCAGGACAUGCAGCAUCAGCCAAUGAUAUCUUCUGAACCAGCUCCCGUAUUCUAUGCCAGCAAUGACUACAAAAGACCACCUGUCAAGGACAAGCAACUGUAUGACCCUUCUUCCAAAUCCAAUAAGAAAAAAGAGCCUAAGCGUGAAGCUAAAGAUGUUGGAGAUUUGGAGAACGCCAUUGCAAACAUGAUGGAUCGCAUGGAAGCCACCGUAUUACGCGCUGUGGAAACAGUGGCAGAGAAGACUGCGGCGAGAUUUGACCAAAGAGACCAUUGCUAUAAUUGUGGCGAAAAUGGACAUCAAGCAGCUCUUUGUCAAAAACCAUGUAAUGUAUGCAAGGCCGACGAUCACACUUCAUACACUUGCCCUGAGCGAAUGAAGCGAUAUAGCAAGAAAGGAAGAGAAGCCAAAUCGGAUCCGGAUUUUCAGACAAGCCGUCAGCCUGCCAAUGACGAUGUGGCGCCUAUGCAAGUGGAUGAGGAUAGCUUGCCUAGGAUAAUUGGUCCUUAUACCACGCUUCCAACGGAUCCCAAACAAAGAGCACGGCUUAUCAAUUUACAAAAAGCAAGAGAUGCCAAAGCUAGAAGGAAGAAGGAGAAUGAAGAAGCGGUUGCCAGAGGAGAGAUGCCUUUAUCGUAUCUUGGGAAGGUCAACAAUCCCAUCCCUGCAAUCAAGGACUAUGAAGGUCAUGUGUUGUCGUUUGAUGUCAAGGAGGCUUUGUGGAAUACAGACGUGUCCAUCAAGUUACCACAGCUAGCUUAUCACUCCCCUUGGAUUUUGGAACAAAUUUUGCAUUAUCUCGGUGGAGACCUCCCUCGCAAAAAGGCUGACAAAAAGGACCAAGUGCAUCUAGCGGAGGAGCCUAAUUAUCAAGCCCAUUCAAACAACAAUACCAAAGGCCUUCAAGCUGUGUACAUACUUAUAGGCAUGGGAAUGGAACAAGGCAUGCAACCAACGGAUAGUCGUAUUCGUUUUGGUGGAGGAACCGAAGAAGUGCCGGUUGGAUGCAUUGAAGUCGACUUGACUUUUCACCCUGACAUUAUGAUCAAGCAGCGUUUUAUUGUUGUGGACAACCCAUAUACUCCUUUGUUGUUGGGUUAUGAUUUCCUAUACAAUGCCAAGGUUUCAGUGAACCCUUCUCGUGGAGUCAUGACGUUUGAUAUUACUGGUGACACAGAUGAAGAGGCAAAACUCGUAGACAUUGAAACACAUGUAUCAGGAGUUACACCAUCCGAAGCAGAAAGGAAGAAGGACUAG